AUCUGUAUAAAUAGGCCAGUCGGGAGUGCAGUUCUAUGUCAAAUCGUUGCAAACCAUCGACAAAACAAAAUGUUCAAGCUGUGCGUCUUCGUUGCUCUCCUCAGCCUGGCUGCUGCUGCCCCAGCUCCUGCUCCUGUGCCCGCUCCUGCUCCUGGACUGAUUGCCCCUGGACUGGUGGCACCUGGAAUCUGGGGACCCACCGUUGUCGCCGGACCCCAUCUGGUCGCUCCCCAUGUUGUGAGCGUGGUGCCCGGAGCCAUCUCCCAUGCCGCCAUCACCCAGGUGCAUCCUUCGCCGCUGCUGGUCAAGAGCAUCCACGGCCUGGGACCCGUUGUGAUCGGUUAAGCACAACCGGAUGUCCAACCACCCACAUAUCUCACCCACACGCCAGCCAUUCAGCUCCUGUUCAACUUCAGCAUUUCCCCGCGGAUUACUUUAAUCACGCAUCCCGUGCCCUGUUUAUAAAGCAAGCAAUCCAGCAAUGAGAAGAAAAAAAACACAAAAAAAUGUUUAGACACUAAAAUACAUUCCAAGCAAUAAAUUACCUACCAUACUUGUUAUAGCGAGCGUAAA